CUGGGGUGGGGUUUUGCCUUUCGGCCCAGAAACAGCCGUUUGUACACCGGUCCCCGUGCUUUGCUCUGCUCAGCCGAUUCCGCCAGUUCAGCGGGGUCUGCCUUUUCGACAUCAUCCGACAAACGUCCCGCGCCGUGUCCGAGGGUUUAAGGUCGAGGAUUUAACGAGCAGAUAGAUGUCGCGGGUCUUGUAGCUUCGAGCAGCAGAGCAGAGCACAAUUUGGAGUCGGUCGCAUUCGGGAAUUAUGGCCAUGGCCUUGCGGAGCACAUGUGCUCGUGUGCCCGGGCCACUGCAAGAAUUUGUGUUCGCAGGAAGCCGGGGGCACGCUUACGCCAUGCGAAUUGGUUGCCUCCACGCUGCAUCCGCUUCCUCCCCAGCUCUAGUGCUCUCUCACUCUCAGUCGUACAGGUUACUUGUGGAGAAGUUCGUGUUUUCAAGGCUAGUUUCUCGCUUGAAUGUCAGAAGCAAGCCCUCUCCGGCUUUUCAGAGAAGAGUAAUCAGCUCUUUCGCGAGUCCUAUCUUGGAAACGGAAGUCAGAGACUCCGGUGACUUUGUGGAAGUGGGAUACAUUGCCGACACACAUGGAGUGCAUGGGGAACUUCACGUUUAUUCUCUUACGGACUUCCCAGAGGAACGUUUUGAGACGCCAGGUAAACGGUGGGUGCGUUCUAAAGCCAUGGGUAAGCAUGUGUAUCACGAGGUGGAGCUCCUGCAAGGGAGGGAAGUAGGAGGGAAACGUCCUUCGUGGCUCAUCAAACUAAAGGGCUUCAACUCGAUUGAGAAGGCCAGUGAUCUCGUUGGAUCAACCCUGGUUGUGACAGAACGACCUUCUUUGAGUGACGACGAGUUCUAUAUACCUGAUCUUGUAGGAAUGGCUGUCAUUCUUCAGGAAAGCGGUCAAGAAAUCGGUGUAAUAGUGGAUGUCUACAACACUGGUGGUGAUACUGACCUCUUGCAAGUGAAACGAACUGACGGAUCUUCUAGCCAAAAAAUCUGGAUACCAUUUGUCAAGGAGAUCGUACCGAUUGUUGACAAGGACGGAAGGCGGGUCGAAAUUAACCCACCCGCUGGCCUUCUUGAGCUCAAUUCUCCCGGUGAAAGCAAAGAUGAGAAAGUUAAACGUAAGCAGGAGCUCAAGGAGAAAAGGAAAGUUCGAGAGAGGUUUGCAGGCUUGAAGAAAAGGUUGACAGCUAUUGGGCAAACACACAUCCUCGAGGGGCUGCUGUCUGGUACCGAAUCUCAACAACAAGAUUUGGUCAACCAGCUACUAAGUAUAGACUUUGCUUCCUUCCAGCGUGCACUACAAGACGUUCUUCCCUUGCCGGACUUGAGUCCAAGGCAGCAAGGACAUGAUUCGCGUCGAGAGCCACCUUCCGCUUUUCCAUGUGCAAACUGGCAAGAGCUUCACACCUGGCUUGAUCAAGAGGAAAGUUCAACGGAGAACGGCGAUGUAUGUAGAUGGUGGACAGACGGGCUACAGCUCAUAGCUGAUGGGAGAGUUGCUGUGGUGGUACUCGCAGGAGGGCAGAGCACAAGACUGGGUGAUAAUGCUUCAACUGUAAAGGGGUCAAUUGACUUAGGUCUUGUAAGCGGGAAGUCCUUAUUUCAGCUGCAGGCAGAACGAUUGCUCAUUGUACAAGAAUUGGCCAAACUGGUAACAGGUUCUGAAUCAAGGCCUUGUAUUCCAUGGAUUGUGAUGACAAGUGAUGCCACGGACGAGUACACCCAGGCAUACUUCGAGGACAACGAAUUCUUUGGCCUCGACAGUGCUCAGGUCUGGUUCGUCAAGCAAGACAGUAUGCCAUGCAUUGAUCUUGAUAUGAUUGAGGACCGCCAUCGCAUUCUUUUGGAGACUCCUUGGAAAGUAGCACAGGCACCGGGCGGAAACGGGGGCCUUUUUACUGCUCUAAAUGCUCAAGGGAUAAUUGAUCGACUUGCUGAAGAGGGUGUGGAUUAUGUACAGGUGUAUGCUGUUGAUAAUGCCCUGGUAAGAGUGGCAGAUCCAGUCUUUUUUGGUUAUACGAACGAACGUGGUGCUGACAUCGGAGUCAAAGUUGUCACCAAAACUUCUCCCGACGAAGCCGUCGGGGUGGUGUGUAUCAACCAUGAGAUGGUGGAGGAAGAGGGCUCCGUGUACUCUGACACUGUCAAUUACAUUGACAAGGCUCAUUACAGUGUCUUGGAGUACAGUCAGAUUUCCAAUUCAUUAAAGUAUGCCACUGAAGAUACCAUAGAAGGAAGGCAGCUGAAGUUCCGAGCUGCCCACAUUUGCGUGAAUAUCUUCUCUCUUAGUUUGAUGAAGAUGCUCGGGCUUCCGAAGAACGAGCUCCAGUUUCAUCCAGUCUCGAAGAAAAUUAAGCAUGUAAAGCAGCAAGGCAAAGAAUGGGUAGAAGUGAUACCAGAGAGACCAAAUGGAGUCAAGCUGGAACGGUUCAUAUUUGACUCCUUCAAGUUUUGUGAUCUACACAAGGUUGCUCUGUUGGAAGUCAGACGAGAGGACGAAUUCGCACCCGUGAAGAACGCGGCAGCUCCGGAAGUGUCUGACACUGUGAACACAGCUCGUUGUAUGAUAAACUCACUAAUCAGCAGAUUGCCAUGUUUGUCUCUUUCAAAAUCUGACUCUCAACUCAGACAGUUGGUGAGAAACCUUAAUCUGGCUUACAUGGGAGGAAGCAUUGAAGCAAAUAUUAGUGAUUUCGUUUGCAUCGACGAAACAGAGCAGAGUGAACUGUGAUUCAUUCAUUACAUACGCGCAACAUUUUAGAUUAAAAAUUCAAUAAAUGAGGUGGAGAUGUCUCAAGCCUGGUUGUGGUAUUGGUGAUAGGUUUUGCGCCGAUCAUGCAUGUACGAAUUAGUUAUUCUUAAAUUAUGGAGCCUUGUGAGAUGUUUAGAAGUGUAUCCUCGGUGCUGAGGCCUUCUGUUGAU